AUGACGACCACGUCGCCCCUCCCGGCCGCCAAAAGCUGCCUCUCCUGCGGCACCGCCGACGCCAAGAACCGCUGCGGCGGCUGCCGGCGCGUCUACUUCUGCGGCCGCGACUGCCAGCGCCAGAGCUGGCCCAGCCACCGCCCCGAGUGUCUGCAGUCGCAGGCGCAAGCAACAGCGCGCAGCAUACCGGCCCCGCCGACGCGCGAUCCCUCCAAUAGCAUACAGUGCGUUGGUAUACCCGGCGCUGCUGCUGCGCCCGUGGCCGUGUCGCCGCCCAAGAGCGUGCGCCUCGCCACGGAGCCCGUGCAGGUGGUGGAGAUCCCCGCGGAGCCCGCAGCAGCAGCCGACGAUGCUCAGGAGCUUGAGCAGCAGCAGCACAAGCCGCAGAAGAAGAGCAAGAAGCACAAGAAGAAGCGCAAAGCGCGCAGCAACAGCAUGCACGUGGCCUCCACGAGCGCACCGCUGGCGCAGACGCAGCAGCGCAAGAACCGCUCCGCGUCUCUAGGCGCCAAGAAGCACAUCAUGUGGGGCGACGUUUCGGCCAGAGAGUUCGCGCGCUUCCCCGGCGGAGGCAGCGCGGUGCCCUACGACGGCACGUGGGCGCUGGGACUGGGCAAGAAGGUGGCCGACGUUCAGCUCGGCAGCGUGCUGGAGGUGGAGCAGCUCAAGGAGCAAGAACUGCAGGCCAGAGCCAAGAAACUGUCCAAGGCCAAGCGACGAGAUGUCCGCGUGGGCGAGACGCGCCAGUUCGACUACCGCCGAGGCGUGGACAACCCGCUCUUCUCGAGACUGAGCGAGGACGAACGCAAGCAGGUCUUUACGCUGGAGAAACAGGCCCAGGAGGAGGACGCCAUUGAGAUCCAGAUGUCCACGUCUCCGGAGGUGAAGAAGUCAUGGCGGAAGUACUCGACUGGGUCGCCGGCGUCCAGUAUCGAGGCUGCGGAGGAGAUGGCGGACGCAGCGCUGACCACGCCCGACUUCGGCUGCGUGUCUAUUGAGCAGCUCGAUGAGUUUGCCAAGAUCCGCGACUCGCGCGACGGUGCCUGCGGCUGCUCGUGUGGAGACCUGGUCAAGAAGGUGGCCAAGAUGAACGUCAAGAAGCUGCGCGCCUUCCUGCAGGAGCGCAACGUGCCGCUUCCCGGAACGGGGAAGACAGAGUUGAUGGCGGCCGCCAAGAAGGUGGCGCGCGAGCAGAAGAACUGCCAGAGCGCCGACUCGGACUGCGAGUGCGUGCGCAACGGAGUCCCAUGUCACUCGGACGUUUGCGAAGGCUGCGCUGGCGACUGCUACAACCCCUUCCAGCGCUACGAGUACAAGAGCUCGGAGGUGAAGCAGUACCGCAAGCAGCAACUGGCUAAAUGGGCGCAGCUGCAGGGCGAGCUCCAGCAGUCCAACGAAGCAGCCGCGCCAAUCCGCGUUGCGUAA